ACUAUUCACAAUCAUCACAUAAUCAUGAUCAUCACAUUUUCUCAAUUACCAUUCUUAUUCUGAAGCAAGCAAUUGAUCAAGCUAUGCCUAUGGAGGCUUUCUCACUACAAUCACUCACACCAACCACCAUUAUUCCAUCUUCUUUGUCUCCAAAAGGAGCUUUCUUGUCAGAGAAGCCUUGUAGCCAUGUUAAGCUUCUCAAACACUCUGACUUCAUCAUGAGGUACCCUUGUUCUACUUCAAGAUCCAUCAUCACUAAGCCUCACAAGUUCCACUGCAUUAGAGCUCAAGCUUCAGGUUCAACAAAAAUUGAGGGGAUUCCUGAGAAAACAGAUUCCAAGGAUGAUAACUUAGUAUUUGUUGCUGGUGCUACUGGUAAAGUUGGUUCAAGAACUGUUAGAGAGCUUAUAAAACUUGGAUUUAAAGUAAGAGCUGGAGUGAGGAGUGCUGAGAGAGCUGGUCCACUAAUCAAGAGUGUUGAGCAAAUGAAGCUUGAUGAUGGAACAAGUGGAGGGAGUCAAGCUGUAGAGAAGCUUGAAAUUGUGGAAUGUGAUUUGGAGAAACCAGAUCAAAUUGGACCAGCACUGGGGAAUGCAUCAACAGUUAUAUGUUCCAUUGGUGCUAGUGAGAAGGAAGUUUUUGACAUCACUGGCCCUUAUCGAAUCGAUUAUCGCGCCACCAAAAGCCUUAUUGAUGCUGCAACUGUUGCCAAAGUAAAUCACUUCAUACUGGUUACUUCAUUGGGAACAAACAAAUUUGGUUUACCUGCAGCUAUUCUCAAUUUGUUUUGGGGAGUUCUGAUUUGGAAAAGAAAGGCAGAAGAAGCAUUGCUAGCAAGUGGACUUCCAUACACAAUAGUGAGACCUGGAGGUAUGGAGCGGCCGACGGAUUCUUACAAGGAAACUCAUAACCUAACACUAUCAACAGAAGACACUUUAUUUGGGGGUCAAGUAUCAAACCUUCAGGUGGCAGAACUUAUGGCAGUCAUGGCCAAGAACCCUGAUCUUGCAUAUUGUAAAAUAGUGGAGGUAGUAGCAGAGACAACCGCGCCACUGACUCCCACGGAGGAGCUUCUUGCAAAGAUACCAUCUCAAAGACCUUACAUUUCUUCACCAAAGAAACCGGAUGCUGCAGCCAUCAGUGAUCCGGCUCCCUCGGAACCUGCCAUUGCCACAGCCACUGAGAAGGAAACUGCACAACCAAAACCGGUUGCGAAACAGCCACUUUCGCCUUAUACUGUUUAUGAAGACUUAAAGCCACCAUCAUCUCCAUCUCCAUCCAAGCCUGGUGUCAAAAAAGAUCUAAAGAUCAUUGAUUCAGUUCAAGAACCUAGUCCUUCAGAAACUCCAAGCAGCACACAAGAAAUAGACAGCAUUUCUCAGACAAAAUCUUUCUCGAACAGCCGCGAAUUUCUUUCGCCUUACGCAGCCUAUGAGGACUUGAAACCUCCAACUUCUCCUUGCCCAACACCAAGCACUUCCAAUGCAGACAGUGCUGCUAAAAUCUCUCCUUCUAAGACUCCAACUUUUUUUCAUUCUCCCUAUCAUGUAUAUGCUGAUUUGAAGCCUCCAACUUCACCAUCUCCAAGGGCACCAAAUGCAUCAUCACCUUCCAUAUCUGCUGUGGAAAGUAGUGUGUCUCAGAUUGAGAUAGUGUCAAGUAAUGGUCCACCCCAACUUCCAGAGGAUGAACAACAUCUUCCUCAACCAAAGUCAACACCACUCUCACCUUAUACCAUGUAUGAGGACUUGAAGCCUCCAGCAUCACCAUCACCUGCCUUCAGAAAAUCUUAGGAACUUCCAAGGUCAGAAAUACUAAGGAUCAGAAACUGUUGGAACAAAUAGGGAAUCAAUCUUAUUCAAGAUUUUCAUGCGGCAACUUAUGUGGAGGAGUGGAUAGUAACUCAGUUGAAGAGAGGAAUCAUUUUCUGCAAAUUGAAAUUUUCAGCAUUGUUUAUAUCAUUUUGUUUACCUUUUCUUAAUAAGGAAAAGCAAUUACUACUCUUCUUGCUAAAUUUUACUCUAAUGAUAUUUUGUUUUACUUUUA